AUGAGUGCUGGUCCCGCUGUCGUCGCCAAAGGCUCUGCGGCAGCCUACACUCACCUGCUCCAUUCAAAACCAUGGUACAGGAACACGCGCCUCAUCAUACUGAACUUUUGGAUCGGCAUCAUGCAGGUUCCAGAACACAUUCUGAUUUACAUUCCGUUAACUGGUCCCAACAGGUUCUUAUCGUCAUAUACAUAUGGUUAUGACGCUAGUAUGAUGAACGGCCUGCAGUCUUUGACGCAGUGGAAUCAAGCGUUCGAUUAUCCUAAUGGCGCGAAUCUCGGAUUGCUCAGUGCCAUUCAAAACAUUGGUGCCUUGUGCGGUUACCCGUUUGCACCCUACAUGUCUGAUGGCAUGGGUCGACGGUUCUCAGUCAUCUUUGGUGCAAGUUUGAUGAUUGUCGCCACCGCGAUGCAAACUGCUAGUAUGUCUGUGGAGAUGUUCAUUGGAGCCCGUUUCUUGGUCGGUUUUGGUCAGACGUUUGCGGCCACUGCCGCCCCACUCCUUGUCGCUGAGGUUGCAUACCCUUCUCACCGUGCUAAAGCAACUUCACUGUACAACUCAUUAGGGUUUGUGGGAACUCACCAGUUGCCAUCACGUAGCGCGGCGUGGAGUACCUAUGGCACCUUCACCAUCCAAAGCAGUUGGUCGUGGAGAAUUCCUUCUGCACUCCAAGCUGUUUCAUCCUUGAUCCAAGUCUUGUUGUUCUGGUUCAUCCCCGAGUCUCCACGUUGGCUUGUCAGCAAGGGAAAGGAGGAGCGUGCUUUAGAGGUCCUCUCUUACUAUCACGCGGACGGCAACGCACAAGACCCCCUUGUGCAGUACGAAUUCGAAGAAAUAAAGGCUGCUAUUGCUUUUGAUCGGGAAGUGGCUGGUAAUGUUGGCUGGCUAAGCUUGUUCAAAACCCCCGGAAACCGGAAGCGUGUACGCAUUGUUGUUGCGCUUGCGGUCUUCUCCCAGUGGUCUGGCAAUGGUUUGGUUAAUUUCUACCUGAACAAGGUCUUCAUUGCAAUUGGAAUCACGGACCAGUUAACCCAGCUGCUGUUUGGUGGUAUUCUCACCACCUACAAUUUCGUUGUGUCUGUUAUUGCCGGCAUUUAUUGUGACCGUGUGGGCCGACGCCCGCUGUUCCUCACAUCUUGUGCUGGUAUGACUGUCUUCUGGAUCGCGCAAACGAUCUGCUUCUCCAUUCACCAAAACACCGGUAGCACCUCAGCCGGCUACGCAUUCGUUGCUUUCAUUUGCUUUCGAGCGCAGUUCUUUUCUACGCGGCUUAUUGCUUUCCCGCCUCUCCUUAUCUCGUACUCCGUCGAAAUUUUCCCAUUCGACCUCCGUGCCAAGGGUUACAUCGUGUUCAGCUUCGCGCUGUCCCUGUCUCUGAUCUUCAACCAAUAUGUCAACCCCAUUGCCCUCCAAGUUCUGCAGUGGAAAUACUAUUUGGUGUACAUUUUCUGGCUAUGCUUCGAAUUUGGGUUCUGCUACUUCUAUAUCAUUGAGACUAGACACCGCACUCUCGAAGAAACUGCCGCCAUGUUCGAUGGUCAGGAGGGCGUGACGAAGAUUCAUAACCAAGCUGCCGCAUAUGCAGGCAUCACGCACGGCGUGGACGAGCUCAAAGAGAAGGAGACGAAGCCGGACCCUGUAGUCGCUACGGAAAAUGAGGCUUCCUGA